AUGCUGCCGCAACAGCCGCUGCAGGCUGCCUCGCCGCCCACAACCCUCUCCCGGUCCUAUCUCCCGAGCGAGCAUGCGCCAUCCGCCCUGGCAACCUCCUUGCUACAGAUCGCCCAACGCCAUCACACAUCACAGGAAAAUGGCGUGCACAUACAAAGAAACAACCUGGGGUCGACAGCAAAGGGCAUCAUGAUUGGCAUAUUCUCCGUCCUGGGCGCUGCUGGGCUUUGCCUCAUCAUCGCUGUUAUCGUCUUCUACUUCCGCUACACACAACAGGGCCGCAUCUUCCUGGACCGGAUAACACGGCCUGGCGAAUACGACGAUGAGCAACAGUUUGCGAGGGACGAGGCGGAUGCGCUGGAGGACAUGGAUGAUAUACAGAGAACAGAGUACCUGAGGGCCAAAGCCUUUGUACAAGUAAACCCACCAGAGUCUGUGCAGACCGACAUAUCCUUAUCGCAGUUCUUAGCCAUACAAGAGAAGGGUGUUUCGGCCUGGGAGUUUGAGCCAGAGCUGGAGAUUGCCAACUGCUUCGUCGAAGGCCGGACCGAGAUUGAGUUCUUCGACUCGGAGUGCAGCGUCCAGAGCAACCUACCGAUACCCAAGCAAAACGACGUCUACUACUGGGAGGCCAAGAUCUACGAAAAGUCAGAGACCACCAGCAUCGCCAUUGGUGUGACGACAAAGCCGUAUCCGCUGUUCAGGCUGCCAGGAUAUCACAGGUCUUCCAUAUCGUACAUGGCCAACGGAAAUCGGCGACAUAACCAGCCCUUCACACCUACCGCCUAUGGUCCUGCUUACGUUCAAGGAGAUGUCAUUGGCGUUGGAUACAGACCCCGAACUGGAACAAUAUUCUUCACGCGCAACGGCAAAAAGCUCGACGAUGUCGCCCAUGGCCUCAAGGCGCAGAACUUUUUCCCGACUGUCGGCGCCAACGGACCUUGUCAAGUGCAUGUCAACUUCGGUCAGAUGGGAUUUGUGUUCAUCGAAGCCAAUGUGAAGAAGUGGGGCCUGGCACCACAGACGGGCAGCCUGGCUCCUCCACCACCGUACGGCAGCGAACAAGGAUCAAUUCUCCUGGACUCUGGUCGCGAUGGCAUAAGGGAAGGAAUGGGCGGCAGCUACAUCUCGGCUGGCUUCGGACAUGCACGGACCAACAGCCAGCAGAUGCGAUUCGGGCGAAACCAACCGACAAGCCCAGGACCGACACGCAGCCCAACAGACAUAUCCCUGGCAGCACUUAGCCUUGUCGACUCGAACGAAGAUGUCGGCGAAGGCACCAGCACAGACCACAGCACGGCGAUUGUGACCGCACAAGGUCUUGGCUUCCUGCAACCCAGCGAUCUCCCACCAGAAUACACCAGCCCCGUAGGAUCGCCAAGUCUCAACACUACAGCCAGACACACGCAAGGCUACUGGGACGAGCGAGCUCCCCUCCUGCAAAACCAGCAGGAAAACGACCCGCCCAUCCCCACCUACGCAGCGGCCGUCGCCGAUGCACCGCGCCUGCAGACUCCGCAGAUCAGAGUCCGCAGCUCGACACAGACUUCCCGCACCCCCCAUCGAGGAGGCCCGCGGUGA